CUCUCUGUCUCUCUCUCUCUCUCUCUCUCUCUCUGUCUCUCUGUCUCUCUCUCUCUGCCUGUCUGUCUGUCCACCUGCAGCCAUGUCCUCCAGGCCUGAGAGUAAGACAGCCUCCCAGUUUGCGACACUGACGAUGAAGCUAAAGGAUAAAAUCCACCAGCAGCGGAAUCGCUACGCUGAACGAAUCAAACACACUCCGUCACUGAGGAGCAAACCACCUGACCUGGACCUGACCGAACACACACACAAGGACAAGCUCGGGGAGCAGCAGCGUAUCGUCAUCAGCUCUCUGCAGUACUUCAAAGCUCUGGUGGAUCGGUUCGGGGUGGAGCGGGUGGAGCGGGUGGAGCAGCAGCCGUGUGUGGUGGGGGUGAUGCUGGGGGGGGCGUCCAGCACCGUCCUGGAGGAGGUGCACACGCUGGUCCAGCUGGAGCCCCGCCUCCACAGCAGCCGCUCCGUCUCCGCCUGCCUCGUGCGCCUCCACGCCGCCGUGGCCGAUCUGAUUCGCUGGGUCGAUCGGGUGAUACUGCAGGUCGUUACCGCCGGCGACAAGGAGUCCACCGGCAGCGUUGCCACGGUGAUCAAGGUGGUGCUGGACGGGGUGAAGGAGCUCGUUCGAUUGGCUGCAGAGAGAAAAGAAGGAGCCGCCCCCGUGUCUCCCGUCCAAUCACAGCCGGCCGUGGAGCUGCUCACCUGUCCGCCUGCAGAGGAGGACGAGCCCCCCCCCAAACCUGUGAUGCCCCUCCUGGAGCACCGCCACUCACUGACCCCCCCUCAGACAUUCAGCCCUCCAGCCCUGCCCCCCAAAAAACGGUCCUCAUCAUCAGGCCCCGCCCCCUGCAGGGUCGCCAUAGUAGCACCAAUGAGAAGAGAGACUGAAGCAGAGCGACAGGAGUGUGAGGAAGACGACCUGAAGAGCUGCUCGUCAUCGUCUGCAGACUCUGGUGCUGAUAACACACACUGUGGUGUUCAGCUGACUAUGGAGGAGGAUCCAGACUACGACUUCCUCCACACAGACCUGUCGUCCAGUGAGACGCUCCCUCCUCUUCCUCCCCCCUCCUCCCUCCCCCCCACCCUGCCAGAGAAGAGACGACGCAGCGCUGCAGAAGCAUCCAGCUCUCAGUCUUCACCUGCUUUUGAGUUUGGCCCCGCCCAUCAGGAACAAAGCCCCGCCCACUCAGAUGAUGUCACAGAUCCUGAGUCUCUGUCCUCGCCGCUCUCCCCCAGCAAGUCGCCACCCCCCCUCCCCGAGAAGAAACGACACAUCCAUCAGUACCUUCAGUUCUGUUCUUCGUACAGCGCUCAAUCUGCAGCCAUGUUCUACUCGAGACCUUCGGGCCACAGUCAGCGCCAUAGCACCAAGCGGCCCACGCACACACAUCAGGACCCAGACUCUGCCUCCGCACCUGAGCCGGUACCUGCUCCAGCUCUACCACCGAAGAAGAGACAGCAGGAUGCUGACGAAGACGAUGAAGAGAGCGAAGAGCAGCUAAUCGGAGACGGUUCCCACGGCCUCCAGCAGGAGGAGGAGCAGGAGGAGCGGGAGGAGCACGAGGAGCAGCAGGAGCAGCAGGAGGAGGUGUUACUGAAAAAGAAGGAGAUCCUCCACAGGAUCAUCAUGACCCCUGAGGGCGAACAUGACGAUGGGCCAGAUGUGAAAGCAGCGUCUCCUGACAUCUUAUUGGCCUACGCUGCAGAGACUGAGAGCAGCACUGAACCAGGAUACCGUGAAGCCUUCCUCUACACCUACAGGUGUUUCAUCAGCCCGAGUGAUGUCAUCAGCAAACUACAGCACAGGUACAGACACCUGAAGGACGGAGCAGAACCUGAACAAGAGAACGCCUUCAACCUGCUGGUUAGUGUGGUGGACCAGCUCAGUGCGGUGGAGCUGGAGCCUGACUUGCUGCUGCUGUUAAUGGACCUGGUGUUCAGCCUCCUGAUUGGUGGAGAGCUGACCCAGGCCCGCCAGCUGCGCUCCGUCAUCCUGUCCAAGAUGGAGCACAAGUGGCAGCUGAUUGGCUGUCCUCAGUCUCUGCAGCCGCUGGCUUCCAGGGGCGUGGCUGCCAGACCAGGAACUCUGCUGGACUUCAGGAGCCACGACUUAGCUGAACAGCUGACUCUACGAGACUCUGAGCUCUUCUACAAGAUAGAGCUCCAGGAGGUGUUGCUGUGGUCUAAGGAGCAGAAUGAGGAGAAGAGUCCGAACCUGACGGCGUUCACUCAACACUUCAACAACGUUUCCUUCUGGGUGCGUUCAGUCAUCAUGCUUCAGGACAAACCUCAUGACCGGGAGAAACUACUGCUGAAGUUCCUGAAGAUUAUGAAGCACCUGAGGAGGCUGAAUAACUUUAACUCGUACCUGUCCAUCCUGUCGGGUCUGGACUCGGCCCCCCUGCGGCGCCUGGACUGGCAGAGGAACACGGCCGAGAGUCUGGAGGAGUACAGCUCGCUGAUCGACAGCUCGUCAUCGUUCAGAGCGUACAGAGCAGCUCUGCACGAGGCGGACCCCCCCUGCAUACCCUACCUGGGUUUGAUCCUUCAGGACUUGACGUUCGUCCACUUGGGGAAUCCUGACAAAUUGAUGACCCCACAGGGUUCAAAGGUCAACUUCUCUAAGAACUGGCAGCAGUUUAACAUCCUGGAGACGCUGAGGACGUACCAGCAGACGCGCUACCAGCUGCAGGCCAACGAUGACAUCACAUCCUUCUUCAACGAGUUCAGGGAUCACCUGGCGGAAGAGGCAUUAUGGGAACUCUCUCUCAGGCUCCGCCCCCGAAGCGCUCCUCGAGCCAAUCACAAAUGAGCGGAAAUGUCUCGCAGCCAAUCAGGGGAAAGCAGGAGUGAACCCCUCGGAACCAGGACUCAGACUGUGCUAACCUGUGCUAGCUGUUAGCCAGGUGUUCCAGGGGGCGUGGCCUCUUCCUGACUUUUGACUUUUUGAAGUAUUUUCACUGUAAUUUUGUCUCACAUCCAAUCAGCUGUCAGAUGAUUAAUAAAGAUGUUUACACCUGUCCCCACCUGUCCUCACCUGUCCCCACCUGUCCUAAACCUGUCCUCACCUGUCCUAAAUCUGUCCCCACCUGUCCUAAACCUGUCCUCACCCGUCCUUACCUGUCCCCACCUGUCCUAAACCUGUCCCCACCUGUCCUAAACCUGUCCCCACCUGUC